AUGAAAAGUUGGCUUUGGCGGAGCUUGCUUGAACACAAUCCAAAGGCUCAAGCUGCUCCGAUUCGUUCAUCAUGGUCUCUGUUUCUUCUGAAAAGAAAUAGUAAUAGUUGUAGUGCCAUGGGUACGACCACGACGAGGACUAUGAGUAUUUUCAACGACAAAUAUUCAUUGAAAAUGAAUCAUCAUGAGAGUAGUAGUCAUAAUUUAUUUUCCCAAAAGAGAUUAUUUUCAACAUGUUUGAAGCAAACAUCAGCAAGUAGUAGUGGUUCUGAAAAUAAACAUCAGAACACGAAAAAAGAGGAUUAUGAUCCACAGAAAAUAAGUAGAAAUGCUGUGGUAAAAGCAAUUGCAGGAAAUACGUUCAUUACAGCAAUCAAAUUUGCAGCAUAUAUUACAUCAGGUAGUGCCACACUCUUGGCUGAAACAUGCCACUCUCUAAUAGAUAGUCUCAAUCAAGGAUUGUUAUAUUUAGGUAUUAAGCAAUCAGCUAAAACUCCGGAUCAAAAGUAUCAGUAUGGAUAUGGACGAGCCCGUUACUUUUAUUCUCUCGUUUCAGCGUUGGGAAUUUGGUGGAUUGGUUCAUUUUCGGUCAUGUAUAAUGGUAUUCAAACACUUAUUCAUCCACCCUCCCAUCAAACACAUCCCAAAGUUACUGAUACUACUAACGGCACUGACCAUCAUCACAACGUCCUAGUUCCUACAAGUGACAUGAUUGAAAAAGAUUCAUGGAGUUACAUGAUUUUGAAUUCGUUUUUACCCGAUCAAAUGGUCACAACCAUGAUGUGUCAUUAUGGUCUAGUCACACCAAUUGUACUUUUGAUAUCAUUUAUCAUUGAUGGAGGUGUCUUGUUGAGUGUUGUUAAGGAUUUGAGAGAAGAAAAACCAAAAGACAUGGGCAUCUUUCAAUACAUGAAAUCUAUUCAAGACCCUAUGGUUUUAGCUGUAUUAUUAGAAGAUUUGGCUGCCUGUCUCGGUGUAGUGAUUGCAUUUGCAGGAAUUGGAAUGUCCAUUUAUACAGAUAAUUUAAUCUAUGACAGUGUUGCAUCAUUGGCCAUUGGAGGAUUGUUAGGACUUGUUUCACUUUCGCUCAUCCAACUCAACAGGAAUUAUCUUAUUGGACGAAGUAUUGACAGCAAAAUGGAGGCAAAAAUUCGAGACAUUUUAAUGAAGAGAGAAUCUAUUGAAGCUGUGUAUGCUAUUCAAUCGCAGUGGCUCAGUCCAACUAGUUUCAGCGUGACCAUUGAGGUUGAUUUCAAUGGUUACUAUUUUUGUAAAGUGCUCAAAGAGCUAGGAUAUGAAAAAGAAUUUAUCAAAAGGAGCAAGGAUGUGAAAGAAUUAAUGAAAUUGUUGAAUUGGUAUACUGAAGAUGUUACCAAAGCUAUGGAGAGAGAAAUUAUUGACAUUCAAGAUGACAUUCGAUCUCACAUUCCAGAAGCAACAUUUAUUGAGCUUGAACCAAGUUCGUCCAUGACUGGUUUUCGUAUUGUAGAAUAUUUACUGAGCGAUUCUCUAAAGUAA